AUGGUGGAAUUUGCCGGCGGUGUGAAAGGAAUCGCCUUAAAUCUUGAGAAUGAGAAUGUAGGUAUUGUUGUCUUUGGUAGUGAUACCACUAUUAAAGAAGGAGAUCUUGUCAAGCGCACUGGAUCUAUUGUGGAUGUUCCUGCGGGAAAGGCCAUGUUAGGCCGUGUGGUCGACGCCUUGGGAGUACCUAUUGAUGGAAAAGGGGCUCUAAGCGAUCACGAACGAAGACGUGUCGAAGUGAAAGCCCCAGGGAUUAUUGAGCGUAAAUCUGUGCACGAACCCAUGCAAACAGAGUGA